CUGCCUCUGGCCAGGAGCUGGCAUCACACUGUCCCUUUGACAUUCGGUGGAUUAACAGGUCACUGAGCAGCAACAUGGUGAAAUACUUUUCAGUGGACUGGCUGGCCCAGAGCCACGAACACACCGCGGUGACGGAGGAUGCUGCCCCGGCCUGCAGACCUCACAUCCCCUGCAUGGUACAGCCCUGUCCGCCGACUUUUGGCAAGAGUUACCUGCAGCCAAAACCCAGGGCCACUAAGCCCGUUGAAUCAGAGAGCAGCGGGCAGGACGCCAGCCUGUGCUCACCUUUCCAUACAACAAGUUGCACCUCACCAAUUUCAGAAACCAGCGGGUAUUCCUCCGGGUAUGAGAGCGAGGCGGCUUCCUCUGAGUGUCUCUCUGUGGAUGAUGGCAGCGAUGCGGAGAAAGACGCAGCGCAGCGCCGAGUGCGCACCAAAUUCACCCCCGAGCAGAUCAACAAACUGGAGAAAAUCUUCAACCAGCACAAAUACCUUGAUGCUGGAGAGAGGGUGAAAACAUCACAGAAGCUCAACCUCACAGAAACUCAGGUACGAACCUGGUUUCAGAACAGGAGAAUGAAGCUCAAGCGUGAGGUGCAGGACUACCUGGCUCCUCAAAUCUCCCCGGUGAUGUUCCAGCGUCUGCCCCCGGUUCAGUACCACAGCAUGGCCGGACAGCGACCCCACUUCCCGGCCACCGGCCCGGCCUUCUACCCACUCACGGUCCCGCAGCUGGUCCUCCAGCAGCAGAUGCGCCCUCCUCACGUCAUGAUCCACAACCCUCAUUACUACUGAAGAACUUACAACCAGACUUUUCCAAUCGAAACACUUACAAUCCCGUGCAAUCCAGAGUAUUUGAUGUGUGAUUUUUAUUAUUAUUACGUUAUAUCAAAGUUGUAUAUAAUUUACAUAAAAAGUAUAUUUAUCAUUGAAUUAAAACAAGUGUAUCUUCUAA